CAGACCUGCGAUAUGACUCUUUCCUCCUCGAUUAUCUGCCAAGUCGGUCUACCCAGACCAUGUCGACGAUCCUGCGGCCGAUUAAAUGGUUUUAUCAUGAAUUCGGAAUCGUCUCGAUCCAUGAGACUGGUCGAAAUGCCUACUUCAUCAUCUUGGCAAGGACUUGCCGCAUGUUUGCCUAUGGCACGAAUUCGCUGAUCCUCGCGAUCUUUUUCUCGGCGCUGAAAUACACGGACCACCAGAUCGGGCUGUUCAUGACCCUGACGCUGCUGGGCGAUGUCUUGCUAGGUACCUUUCUCACGCUGGUCGCCGACCGCGUGGGUCGGCGCAAGGUGUUGAUGGGAGGCUCGCUUCUCAUGGUGUUGACGGGCUUCAUCUUUGCGAUAUUCGAGAAUUUUUGGAUCCUAUUGCUGGCCGCGAUAUUGGGAGUGGUCAGUGUGACAGGGAGCGAUUUUGGGCCGUUUCGGAGUAUCGAGGAAUCCAUGCUCUCGCAACUGACGACACCUUCCUCGAGGGCCGAUGUCCUGGCGUGGUACGUCACCACCUCGACGCUUGGAUCCAGCAUCGGCAGCGAAGUAUCGGGCAGGAUAAUCCAUUUCCUGGAAGGACGUGACGGGUGGACGUCGGUUGAUGCCUAUCACGCCUUGUUCUGGGUCUACACGGCCAUGGGUCUGGUCAAUGCGGUCUUGGUCCUGCCGCUGACGGAGGACUGCGAGCUGCAGACCACGGCGGCGGACACGUACGUGGAGCUUGCGCAAGACGAGGGACCAAAUGUCGAGGCAAUGGAGGAGCAGCAGCAGCGACAACGACACGACGGUCAGGUUGGCGUUCGCGUUCCCAUUGCCGUUCCCGACAUCGAGUCCACAGCAGCAGCUCGAUCCGCACCUGCUGCUAGUAGCUGGCCGGCAAGGAUUGGAUCGUGGUUCGCGCACCGGCUGGCUCAGAUCUCGGCGCCGACCAGGGCGGUCAUGUACAAGCUAUGGUUCCUGCUGACGAUCGACUCGCUGGCCGACGGCAUGGUGCCGUACUCGCUGACCAACUACUACUUGGACAUCAAGUUCCACCCGGCCAAGUCGGCGCUGGGCGAUGUCACGUCGGUGAGCUACUUUCUGGGCGCUGUGGGCGCGGUCUUUGCAGGCCCGCUCGCGCGCAAGAUCGGGUUGAUCAACACCAUGGUUUUCAGUCAUGUGCCGUCGUCGGCGGCUGUCUUGUUGUUCCCGUUCCCGCCGGCCUUUUGGCUCACCGCGGGGCUUUUGCUGGUCAGGGCCGGUUUGAAUAACAUGGACCAAGCGCCUCGGUCGGCGUUCAUCGCCGCCGUGGUGAAACCCGAAGAGAGGACGGCCGUCAUGGGCAUCACGGCCAUGAUAAGGACGCUGGCCGCCAUGGCGGGACCGACGGUGACGGGCGCCUUGGCCGCGGACAAACACUUCUGGAUCGCCUUUGUCGUCGCGGGCGUGUGUCGGCUGGCGUACGAUUUCGGCCUGUAUGCCAUGUUUGUCAAUAUGAAGCUGCACCAGCACGAGGACGACAACAAGCUUCAGCCUCGGCCUCUUGCUGGGCUGGCUGGGCAGCCGAAUGGCCUUGGCCGGCGCGACGAGGAGGAAGGUAUGCACAUGGAGAUGGAGAGCUUUGCUGACUGUGACUCUCACUCGGCGCGGAACAGUACGGAAAUGGUCGACGAGACCAAGUUGGAGGAAAGUACGGGGAAUGGUGGUCUCCAGUUGCCCGUCACGGGAAUUGAAAGGGUCCGGAGCAGAAGUCCACAUCGAUCGACAGCGAUGGAUUGAGUAUACUAGGGUUGCAUUGGACUAUCCUCACAACGUGCCUACCUACGUGGCCCCAUCGUGGCUCGCACUCUAGGUUACAACGUUCUAUGAAUCUUUGUCUUUGAGUCUUCCAUAGACAUUCACACUCCAAGCCAUUCAAGAGCC